AUAACGUGUGUCAGAUUUUGCAUUUAUGGUUAAGCGCUAACGCUCAGUUAGCAUUAGUGUUAGCACCAGCGCUAGAGGAGGGAGCGUAAAUAAAGCACAGUGAAACAGUUAUGCGAGUAGACAAGUGAAGAGCGAUGUGCAGGAAGAUGAGAAAGACGACACCAUGUUCCUCUGUGGAGGUUCUGCUGAGCACCGUGACCCUCGUCCUGUUUGUGGUGUGUGUCGGGCUCGCCGUCGUCUCCUGGUUAGCGCUACAGACAGGUAACGAAGCUCCAGCGGGGAGCAGCAACUCGUCGUUCAGUGGAACUCUGACCAUCUCGGAGGGAGCGAGUUUCACUGAGGAGCUCAGGAACAGGAGCAGUGUGCAGUUUAAAGCUCUGGCCUUUGACACCGAGCUUCUGGUUACGGAGGCGUACGCACUCGGCUCAUUAGGAGCGAAGUUAAGGAGCUGCAGAGUGACGGCCUUCAGUCCAGGCAGUGUGAUUGCUCACUUCACAGUGAUGUUCGGGGACGUUGUGGAAGUAACAGUGGUGCAGGAACAGUUAAUCUCAGGGUUACAGAAUAUUCCAGACGCAACGCUCGUCAUAAACAGCAGCAGCGUUCAGGUCACAGACAUUUCCACUACACAGACUCCACCUACAACCACACCUACAACCACACCUACAACUACAACCACACCUACAACUACAACCACACCUACAACCACACCUACAACUACAACCACACCUACAACCACACCUACAACCACAGCUGUACCAGUAGAAUGUCCUAUUGGGCAGAUAUUGUGCAGAGACAAGUUGACGUGUGUUUUAAAAAACCUUUUCUGUGACGGAGAACCGAACUGUCCUGACGCCUCUGAUGAGUCUCACAGCACUUGUGUGACGAUGUGUGAUAGACAGUUCCUCCUGCAGCGGCCGAGUGGAUUUUUCCACAGCAGUAAUUUUCCUCUGGAUUAUGCCAGUAAUACAGUCUGUCGCUGGAUCAUACGAGUUAAUAAAGGCCUGAGCAUAAGGAUCGACUUUGAAGUGUUUGAUACAGAAAAAGAUAUCGAUAUUCUGUAUCUGUACGAGGGGAUUGGAGCUGCCAAAACACUGGCGUACUCGCUGUCCGGUUCGUCUCCUGGAGUCGUUUGGAUUUUUUCCCAUGAGGCCACAGUGGUGUUCCUGUCUGAUAUGAUCAUCAACCGGCAAGGAUUUAUCGCCACAUACCAAGCGGAGAACCUCACACUCCUCAGCAAUGAGGAGAAGAUUAACUGCUCGUUUGAGGAGGGAUUCUGUUUCUGGAGACACGACGCUGAUGAUGAAGGAGACUGGAUGAGGAAGAGCGGAUCUUCUUCCCCUCCUGGGUUCGGGCCGAGCUUCGACCACACGUUCGCGAACCAGUCCGGCCACUACAUCAUCACUCCAGUGAGUCCAGGGAGCUGGGAUAAGAUGUUCCGUCUCCGCAGCCUCCCGUUGGCUCCUGCAUCAGAACCCACGUGUUUGAGGUUCUGGUAUUACAUGUUUGGUGAGGAUUUCCUGAGUCUGAGGGUGAUCUCACAACGAGACUCGAACAUCACAGUUCUGUUCCAGAAAGAGGGAAACUACGGGAACAGCUGGACCUACGGACAAAUCACCAUAAACGACGGGACCAAUCAGAUGAUUGUAUUUGAAGCAAUAAAGAGAGGCGGUGUGACGAACAGCGUCGCACUGGAUGACCUCAGCAUGACCUCUGGGCCGUGUGGACCAGCUCCCCCUGACCCGACUCUCCUCCCUCCGACGCCGGCGGAUUGUGGAGGUCCUUUUGAUCUUUAUGAAUCAAACUCGACCUUUAGCUCACCAAAUUAUCCUCUCAGCUACGGACACGGUGCAUCAUGUUUGUGGAUUUUACAUGCUAAUCCAGGGCAAAAUAUCCAGCUGCAUUUCCAAGACUUUUCACUAGAGGCAGUGUAUGACGUGGUGGAGGUUCGGGACGGAGUCGAGCCGAAUUCCACUUUACUGAAUGUGUUAACAGGGGCUGAGCGUAAGUUUCCUGACCUUUACUCCACCAGCUCUGAGAUGAUGGUGAUGUUCUUCUCUGAUGCUUCUGGAAACAAUCGCGGAUUUCUGGCUAAUUUUAGCACAGGCUUUAACCUCGGACAAUCAGAGCCGUGUAGGGCAGGUGAGUAUCGCUGCAGAUCCGGAGUGUGUGUGUCUGAUACCAGUGUGUGUGACGGUGUUAGUGACUGCCCCGAUGCUUCAGACGAGGCACAGUGUGUGCACUUAACCCCAGCGGAUUCUCCUCGUCUGAAGGUUGAGAUUCAGAGCCGCCUCUACACGGCCUGUUCCUCCGACUGGAGCUCCAACUUCUCCCUGUACUACUGCAGAUAUUUAGGCUACAGAUCAGGAAACGCUUCGUUCGUGUCUGUUGUGGCUGAAGACGCACCGUUUGUCGUCGUGACUCAGGCUGCUGACGGCGCAGUGGAUGUGAAACCCAGUGAAACGUGUCGGAGUAACGAGGCCGUAUCGCUCCACUGCAAUAACCAACCGUGUGGGAAGCGGAAGGUUGUAAUAAACACAGAGUCCAGGGUGGAAACGGAGGAGGGAACGAGUGAAGGUGUGGACGGGAGGAUCGUGGGAGGAGAGGAUGCGGUGAAGGGGGCGUGGCCAUGGAUCGCCUCACUACGCUUUACAGGACGACACAUCUGCGGAGCCGCGAUAAUCGACUCGCAGUGGCUGGUUACGGCCGCGCACUGCGUUUACGGAAGGAACAUUCACCUCUCCAACUGGAACGUGGUUUUGGGUCUUCAUGCUCAGUACGAAUCCAACACGUCAGACAGACAACAUCAUAACGUGGAUCAGAUCAUCAUGAACCAAAACUACAACAAAAGAACCAAAGACUCAGAUAUCGCACUUAUGCACUUACAGGACAAAAUCACCUUCACAGACUACAUCCAGCCGAUCUGCCUGCCGGGUCCAAAUCAGCAGUUUGAGACAGAAAGAAAGUGUUUCAUCGCAGGCUGGGGGAGAUUAACUGAAGGAGGUAAUACUGCUGAUGUAUUACAGCAGGCUGUGGUGCCCCUGAUCAAUAACAGUGUGUGUCAGGAGAGGCUUCCUGAGUACAAAAUAACUGAACAGAUGGUGUGUGCGGGAUACCCUGAGGGUGGAAUUGACAGCUGUCAGGGUGACUCCGGAGGCCCAUUGAUGUGUGAGGAGGAGGAUGCGUCCUGGGUUUUGGCGGGUGUGACAUCGUUUGGCAGGGGCUGUGCUCGACCUGGACGUCCAGGAGUUUAUGCACUGGUUCCCAAGUUCACGGACUGGAUACUGGAAACUCGACGGCUAUAUACAGAGUGAAAUGGAACGAGAUCAGGACAUGGUGUCAUGGAUGUUGUAAAUAUCACAGAAUUCUAAAAUGUAUCUAGUUAUUUAAUUAUAAAUGUAAUUAUGAUAUUCUAAACAAUCUUCAAAUCUCACCUGUGUACUCAGUUUAUUAAAGAACAGCAGAUGAAACAACCAAAACCUACACUGAUGUGGUGAUUCCAGUUUGCUAACUGGGGCUUGAAAUUAAGUGGAUCUAAAUAAAAAUCAACUUCAUCUGUGA